ACAGGCGACGAGGCGGCGGAAGUCACAGCCAGACACAGGAAGUAGGAAGAAUAAUUUUUUUCUUGUUUAAUUUGUCAUUUUCAGACUGAAAUUCAACAUAUAAACAUAGUUUUUAAUCCGUCAGAUAUGCUUAUUAAAGUGAAGACACUGACGGGGAAGGAGAUUGAGAUCGACAUCGAGCCCACAGAUAAGGUGGAGCGGAUUAAAGAACGAGUGGAGGAGAAAGAGGGCAUUCCGCCGCAGCAGCAGAGGCUGAUCUACAGUGGGAAACAGAUGAAUGAUGAGAAAACGGCGGCUGACUAUAAGAUCAUGGGAGGCUCCGUCCUCCACCUGGUCCUCGCACUACGGGGAGGCCGACCAGCACUCUGCUGUCCCAGAAGCAUCCGCUAGACGCUGACACCGUUGGGAAGCGGCUUCACGUUUGUCCGGCCCACAGCCGACGUAUACCUUGAAGAUGUCUGGCCAUUGGCUGCUGCUGAGGCAACAACAAAAGAAUUAGCUCGUAGUCUGCUUGUUGCAGCCGCCUUUUGUCUGUAACUGUUAAUAUGGGACACUUCACACCUUUUUGAUUGGUUUAAAAAAAAAAACAAUGGGCAAAGUUCCUGUACAUUCGAAGCCUGAUUGUAAUUGGAUCGUGAUGUCCAGUGUUGAGGUAUUUUUGUCUUUGGGUGGUUCUUUAGGCUGAAUAUCUUGAGAUUUGGAGGCACUGAUGUUAUCUUAGUUUGGCUGGCUUCCAAGUGGAGCAGAAAGGAGAAACCUGUUCUUGUCACCUUGGUUUUACAGAAGCUAAAGUUUCUACAGCUUCCCGAGUGUCAUUUUCUCCUGUUUGUACUUGAAUUGUCAAAUUUGUAGUGCCAGUGACAUGAUGAGGGUUCUUAAAAU